AUUAAGUUUGAUAUCCAAAUACACUCUGUACUAAGCUGAAAAUUGAGAUUCACAUGAACAUAUCAGAUUGAGAAUGUGGGACAGUGAGGCAAUAAUGACGCGCUCUAUAUUGCUCUCUUUGUUUAUAUUUUUCACAUGUAUAAUGAAAUUUGCCGUAGGCCACAAUGAUCUUAGAAAUGUAGCGUAUGGAAAACCAGCAUAUCAAAGUUCGGAAUAUCACACCCGGGAAUUUCCAGCCUCUAAGGCUGUGAAUGGCCUCCUUACGGACUACUCUCACACUGACAUAGAAAAGACACCAUGGCUUCGGAUUGAUCUUGGAAGGAACUACACAAUUCAUGAAAUAGAAGUAUUUGCUAGAAAGUACUGUUGCGCUGGCCAACUUCACGACUUUGACGUAAGAGUAGGCAAAAGCAUUUACGACAUGGAUCUUUGUGGACAUUUCACGGGAUCUACAAAUGUUGGCCAAAGGAUCGGUAUCUGGUGUCCAUCGAAUACAGUAGGCCGUUAUGUACAAUUGCAGAUCGUCAUGGGAUGGACAAACGUACUAUCUCCAGCAGAAGUCCUUGUUUGGGGACGUUUGUGAUUGAUAAAAAUGUUCAUUU